AUGUACAGCGAAGAGGAAAUAAAAUUGUUAGCAGAGCUUAAGAAGGAAACGAGGCAGGAGGAGCUGCCACAAAUAAACAGGAAGUUUGAUGAUAUUCAGUCUCAAAUCGAAUUGAUUACUAUUGAAGAUACUGUAGAAGCUGAAACCGAGAGGAAUAAGUUUGAAGAACUAUAUUUUAUGAUAAGAUCACAGAUGCAAGAAAUUAUCAAGGCAGAUAAGGCAUCAAACACUUCUGUUCACAAUGCUUCGCACAUUUUCAGCAGUUCAGGACAUCGGAAUCAGCUGCCACCCAAUACCACUGCCAUCUACAUGAAGGAAAUGAAUAUUCAGAUGCUCAGAAGUUUUAUUAUUUGCGUUCGUGUUUACAAGGGGCAAGCAUUAGACUUGGUGCGUUCUAUUCCUAUCAACGACGGCAACUAUUCGGUAGUUGUUGAAAGGCUUAAGCAACGAUACGACAACCCUAGUCUUGUAAUUCAGUCGCACAUACGAUCGCUUCUUGAAUGUCCAAGAAUUGAAGAACCAUCAGCAUCAGCGCUGCAAGAACUUUAUUCGCAUGUAAGCACUCAUGCUGCCGCACUGAGCGCGCUUGACCAACCAAUCGAACACUGGGAUGCGUGGUUAAUCACUAUAGUUACAGGACGUCUUGACAGAAGCACCGGGCACGGAUGGCAACUACAUCUGAGAAACACUGAUUUACCCAAGUACUCGGACCUCGAAUCGUUUCUGGCUAGCCGGUGUGUGGCGUUAGAAGGUUCAGAAGCAGAAGCUCAACUCACCCGAUCAGUGAGUAAUAAGAAGUUCGGAGCCCACUCAAGAGGUGCUCUUGUAGCAGCAUCCGAAGUAAAAGAAAAAUGCGCAUACUGCACAAGCAUGCACAGGUUGUAUACAUGUAGCAGUUUUAAGAACCUUUCAGUCGGAGAUCGAAUUAAUUUUGUACGUGAAACUAAGCUAUGUUUCAACUGUCUUCAUCCAGCACAUGCAGCUGACAAAUGCAGAUCAAGAUAUAAUUGUUUUGUCUGCAAGGGGAAGCACAAUACUUUACUUCAUUAUGAAAGAAAAGGGGAAUCUUCGAAAUCUGUGAGUGACGAGGACACGCCCUGA